UUAUCCUUUUUCCCCAUUAGGAAAGCAAUAGAAGAAUUGCUUAAAGAGGCAAAACGUGGGAAAACAAGAGCAGAAACAAUGGGACCUAUGGGUUGGAUGAAGUGUCCUCUUGCUGGUACCAAUAAAAGAUUUUUAAUUAACACAAUUAAGAACACACUACCUUCCCAUAAAGAGCAAGACCAUGAACAAAGAGAAGGCAGCAAGGAACCUGCAAAAAGCCAGAACCAGAAAGAAGAAAACCGGAAGAAGCACAGAGCCCACCCUUACAAGCACAACUUCCAGGCCAGAGACACCGCCAGAGCUUCUCCACCCAGGAAGCAUAGCAGCCACGAGAAGUAUGAGAAGCGACUGAACAAGCGAUAAGGCAGGGAUGAAGAGUAAGCCAGACAGUCACUAACAACUAGUGCUGUUAUAUUGGGGACUGGGGAUGUGUAGAAAAAGUUGAGCUGGCAGAGCCAACACCUAAGAGUGAUUUUUAAAGUGAUUUUUAAAGUGAUUUUUAAAGGUCCUUUGUUGUGAAAACCAGAAAAUGACCUAGAGAUUCUUCAGGGAAAUUAGUGCAAAAGACCCUACUCUGAAGAUGUCUUGGCAAAUUUAAGCUACUUAAGCAGUGUAGUUGACUUAUGUAUUGCUUUUAUUCUACCUUGUUUGGAAAUUAGUCUCAAAAUCUACAACUUAAGGUUUUCAGAGAUUGUUAAAACUAGUCCAAUUUUUGUGUGUGUGGUGAUUGUGGUCAUUUCUCAAAUUUUCCAAAAAAAUAAAAUAAAAUACUUGCAAAUCCUAUACUUUUUUGUGUGACAAAUUAAAAUUGUGGAGCUCAUCUGGCUGAUGACCUUCUAUGUGACCAGUUAUAGAUCUUAAUGGACCAAGACUCUGAUAACUCUGCAUAUGGUUUACUUUAAAUGAACAAUGUAGGAAAUUCUCAAAAUGGCUUUGACUUGAGCAUUCAAAGUUAGUAUCAAUAAGCAGAGGUUAAAAAAUUGGCUUUGUUGUUUCCUUAUGUUUUCUCAAACUCAUUCCUGAGAGAGAAAAAUUUUUCUAUAUUUAAUUUUUUGGAGAAUAUGUAAGUUUUAAGUGGUGCUUUAAAAAGAACCUCCAAAGGUUAAACUUAAGUACUAUCUCUUAUUUAGCUGACACCUAUGAUGCCACUCUAAGUAUAGUUGUUUCAAAAAUCUUAAUUUUAAAUAAAGGUGUGUUUACAAUGCCCGGUUCUUGUU